AUGUCUCGAAGGAAGCUCGGUACUACAAGUCAAUGGAAGGUAAGACGUCAGAUGCUCGAACAUAAUGCUUGGAAGUUGAAGCCAAGAAGAACAGAGAGCAUUUGCGACAAUGGAAGAAACACCACUGCAUUCAUCCUUUGUCUCAAUUGCAUUUGGAAUCAACGAUCCGAGUCCGGGGCUCCACAACUUUCAAUUGGAAGGCCGUUCCCUUUCUCUACUCAUGCAAGGCUGUGA